ACAACCGGAAGUGAUUUAACAAAAUGGCUGUAAGGCAGAAAAUUGCAACUUUUGACUCAAGAUUUAAUAUGGAAAUGUCUCGUUCAAAUCGAAAAGCCAAAACUGAGAAGUCGUCUGACAAUUUCAAAAAUGAGGAUGCUGACGACAAGCUCCAGAAGUCAUUGACUGAUUCUAAACCAGCCGUUGCUCCUAAACCAUCCUCUAUCACCAGUUCCUCUGCAACAGGUUCAUCUACUUCUAUAGUAACUGCGGGUUUCCUAAAGCCUACUCCACCUCAGAAGAAAUCAUUCUUUAAAUUCAAACCUACUCAAAGUGUCAAACCUGUACUUGCUACAAAGGAAACGACUGGCCCAGAACCAACUUCUACUACAAAAACAGAAUCUCCCAGUACUAAUGACACUAUAAUACCAACUACUACUGAAGUCAUAGCCACUUAUGUUAAAACCACACCCACUAGCACUGAAGCCAUGCCUACCAGCACUGAAGCUCCACCCACUGGUACUAAAGCUACUCAAAAUAAGUCCCCUAGUAGAGAGAGAUCUGUCACUACAGCAACCAAUAAACCAUCAAGAUCUGUGAAGCCACAUACUCUAUCCUCCCCUCCUCCUCCUCCUCCUCAAAAUACUAAUAACGGCUCAUUUUCUGAAUCACAAGAUUCUCUAUUUGCUCAGUUGACACGUAAAACCAAACAAAGUGAUUAUUACGGACUGUUAGGGGUCCUACCCACAGCAGAUCAAGAGGAACUCUCUCGGGCUAGACGAGAAAUAACUGUCAAGCUUCAUCCUGAUUAUUUUACUAAUGACCCAAUUAAACAAGAAAAGGCACAGGAAAGGUUGAUAAUCAUUAAUCAAGCUUACAGUGAUGUGUUGAGUAAUAAAACUAACAGGGAACUGUAUGAUCAGCUAGUCAGAUAUAGAGGAAAUAUCACAGGAUUUUAGAGCAAACUGGCCCCUCAUUGGAUACAGCAAAAAUGAAGUUGUCAUCUCUACGCUCUAGCAUGAAGAAAGCAAGGUUCCCUAUGGCUUUAUUGGAGGAAUUACAACUAGCAAUAAGAUUAAUAAAAGAUAAGCAAUUACAAUUAGGAGCAACUCUUAACUAAUAUUGUCCAUGCAUGUGUGUGUAGCUGUAUCAUUGUGUGAUUAUUAUUAUUAUUAUAUUAUAUUGAUCAAUGAAGAUUUUGAGGAUGUUUUGG